GCAAAUGCAUAUUAUAAUAUGUAUAAAUAAAUAAAAAUCUAAAAAGCCUCCUCUUUAUUCCUUCUUCACUUGAGGGUUUCAGGUUUCUUUGCCUUUAACCUCCACCCCACUACCUCACAAAUUCACCCCCAAUUUAUCAUCCAAACUAAGAUUAAGGCCUCAUUUCCCUGAUUGUUGAUUAUAGCUUUUCACUUUUAUUUUAAUUGUGAAUUACUUCUAAUUUUAUUUCUAGGGUUUUCGAUCAGGUGUUGAGAUGCAACGAACAAUUGGAUCAGGAAUCGUCUGAUCUUUGUAGCGGUGGCUGUCUGAUUACCAGGGGCGGUGGUCCCCUUUGUAUGGAAACUCGGAGCCGGAAGCGGGCGGAGGCCUCCUCAGCUGCCCCUUCAUCUUCCCCCUCUGGUCCUACCACUCGUUCUCACAAACGCGCUCGUCUCUCUUCUUCCCCAUCCCCCACCGCUGUAACUACCACAACGCCUCGCUCUCGCACUUCCCGCGCUGCCGCUGCUUUAAUGGACUCCACCACAACCGAAUCUUCCUCUGGUUCCCGCCGCGAUCGCCGUCCGAGCAAAGCUAAUCAGACCACGACAAGUGACAGUCCAAAUCUCGCCUCCGAUAGGGGCAAAGAAAAGGAACGUGAUCCAAGUGCUCGCGAUAGAGAUAGAGAUAGGGAUAGGGAUAGGGAUAGGGAUAGGGCAAAUAGAGACAACAAUUCUAACAACCCUGAGAGGAAUUUAGGGUUAAUUAUGGAUACCUCUGGAGGCGAUGACGAUGAUAAUGAUAGCGAAGGCGGUGUAGGGAUUUUACACCAGAAUCUGACGUCAGCAAGCAGCGCGUUACAAGGCUUGUUGAGGAAGCUUGGUGCCGGGCUUGAUGAUUUGCUGCCGUCAUCGGCUAUGGGUUCUGCAUCUUCAUCCCAUCAGAGCGGGAGGUUGAAGAAGAUUCUGUCUGGGUUGCGUGCUGAUGGAGAGGAAGGGAAGCAAGUGGAGGCGUUGACGCAGCUCUGCGAGAUGCUUUCAAUUGGGACUGAGGAGUCCUUGAGCACGUUUUCUGUGGAUUCAUUUGUUCCCGUGCUCGUUGGAUUGCUUAAUCAUGAGAGUAAUCCUGAUAUUAUGCUUCUUGCAGCAAGGGCGCUGACCCAUUUGUGUGAUGUUUUGCCUUCUUCAUGUGCUGCUGUGGUGCAUUAUGGUGCUGUUUCGUGUUUUUGUGCCAGGUUGCUCACUAUAGAGUAUAUGGACUUGGCUGAACAGUCUCUCCAAGCUUUGAAGAAGAUAUCUCAGGAACACCCAACUGCCUGUUUGCGAGCUGGUGCUCUCAUGGCAGUUCUUUCUUACUUGGAUUUCUUCUCCACUGGGGUUCAGCGAGUGGCACUAUCUACUGCUGCAAAUAUGUGCAAGAAACUCCCUUCAGAUGCAUCUGAUUAUGUCAUGGAAGCUGUACCUCUAUUAACAAAUCUGUUGCAGUAUCAUGAUUCAAAGGUGCUGGAGCAUGCUUCUGUUUGUUUGACUCUCAUUGCCGAUGCCUUUGCAUCAUCCCCGGAUAAAUUAGAUGAGCUAUGCAAUCAUGGACUGGUUACUCAAGCUGCAUCUCUCAUUUCUACAAGUAACUCUGGAGGUGGGCAGGCAUCAUUAAGCACACCGACAUAUACGGGCUUAAUUCGACUGCUUUCAACAUGUGCAAGUGGGUCUCCUUUAGGAGCUAAAACUUUACUUCUGCUUGGGAUAAAUGGCAUACUUAAAGAUAUACUAUCAGGUUCUGGCAUUUCUGCCAACUCAUCGGUUUCACCGGCAUUAAGCAGACCAGCAGAGCAGAUUUUUGAAAUUGUCAAUCUGGCAAAUGAACUUCUUCCUCCGUUGCCACAAGGAACAAUUUCCCUCCCUGCCAGCUCUAAUAUGUUUGUCAAAGGAUCUAUUUUGAUGAAGUCUCCUGCUAGCAGCUCUGACAAGCAAGAAAAUUCUGAUGAAAAUGCUCCCAAAGUUUCAGCCCGAGAGAAAUUAUUGAAUGAUCAACCUGAACUUCUUCAGCAGUUUGGAGUUGAUCUGCUUCCUGUUCUCAUACAGAUCUAUGGUUCCAGCGUCAAUGGCCCAGUUCGCCAUAAAUGUCUCUCGGUUAUUGGAAAACUAAUGUACUUCAGCAGUGCAGAGAUGAUUCAGAAUUUAUUGAGUGUAACAAACAUAUCAAGCUUCUUGGCUGGUGUUUUAGCAUGGAAAGAUCCACAUGUCUUGGUUCCUUCCCUCCAAAUUGCUGAGAUCCUCAUGGAAAAGCUUCCUGGAACCUUCUCCAAAAUGUUUGUCAGAGAGGGUGUUGUUCAUGCUGUAGAUCAGCUUGUAUUAAUUGGUAACCAAAAUGCCACUGCUGCCCAAGCAUCUCCUCUUGAGAAGGAUAAUGAUUCUGUAUCUGGAACGUCAUCACGUUCCAGGCGUUACAGACGACGCAGUGGUAACUCUAAUCCUGAAGGAGGUUCUGUGGAGGAGUCCAAAAAUCAGGCCUCUUUAAAUAUUGGCUCACCUCCUAAUACUGUUGAAAUUCCUACAGCCAAUUCCAAUAUUCGUGCUGCAGUAAGUGCAUGUGCUAAAGCAUUUAAAGAUAAGUAUUUCCCCUCUGAUCCUGGGGCUGUUGAAGUUGGAGUAACAGAUGAUCUUAUACACUUAAAAAGUCUCUGCAUGAAAUUAAAUGCUGGCAUUGAUGAUCAAAAGACUAAGGCAAAAGGAAAAUCUAAAGCUUCAGGGUCUCGGUUGGUUGAUUUUUCUUCUAGCAAAGAAGAGUAUUUGAUUGGUGUGAUUUCUGAGAUGCUAGCAGAACUAAGCAAGGGGGAUGGUGUAUCCACGUUUGAGUUUAUUGGUAGUGGUGUUGUGGCGGCCUUGUUAAGCUAUUUUUCUUGUGGGUACUUCUCGCAGGAGAGAGUUUCUGAUGUAAACCUGCCCAAGCUUCGCCACCAAGCCCUUAAACGAUUAAAAUUAUUUAUUAGUGUGGCACUUCCUUCAAGUGUUGAUGAAGGAAGUAUUGCUCCUAUGACUGUCCUGGUUCAGAAGCUUCAAAAUGCUUUAUCAUCUGUAGAGCGUUUCCCUGUAGUUCUUAGCCAUUCAUCUAGGUCUUCUGGUGGGAGUGCACGCCUCUCUUCUGGAUUAAGUGCAUUGUCUCAGCCUUUUAAGUUGCGGCUUUGUCGAGCCCAAGGAGAGAAGUCUCUUCGUGACUAUUCUUCAAAUAUUGUGAUGAUUGAUCCAUUAGCAAGUCUAGCAGCUGUUGAAGAAUUUCUUUGGCCACGAGUUCAACGUAGUGACAAUGCUCAAAAACCCUCUGUCUCUGUAGGAAAUUCUGACUCUGGGAACACGGCCAGUGGGGCUGUUGCUUCUUCUCCAUCUACCUCAACUCCUGCUUCGACCACUCGUCGUCAUUCUUCAAGGUCCAGAUCAUCUGUUAAUAUCGGAGAUGUUGCCAGAAAGGAAUCAUCACAGGAGAAAAGCACAAGUUCGUCAAAGGGAAAAGGUAAGGCUGUUUUGAAACCUGCUCAAGAGGAGUCAAGAGGGCCUCAAACAAGAAAUGCUGCUCGUAGAAGAGCUGUUCUGGAUAAAGAUACUCCAAUGAGACCUGAAAAUGGUGACUCUACGUCUGAGGAUGAAGAAUUGGAUUUGUCUCCUGUGGAGAUUGAUGAUGCUUUGGUGAUUGAAGAUGAUGAUAUUUCUGAUGAUGAAGAUGAUGAUCAUGAAGACGUGCUUAGAGAUGAUUCUCUUCCUGUUUGCAUGCCAGAUAAAGUACACGAUGUUAAAUUGGGCGAUUCAGCUGAAGAUGGCACAACCAUGCCAGCAGCAAGUGAUAACCAAACUAAUGCUGCUUCUGGAUCAAGCAGCAGAGCUGCUGCUGUUAGUGGUUCAGACUCUGCUGAUUUUAGGAGUAGUUAUGGCUCAAGGGGUGCAAUGUCGUUUGCUGCUGCUGCCAUGGCUGGGUUUGGAUCUGCCAAUGGUAGAGGUAUUAGAGGAGGUAGAGAUCGGCAAGGACGUCCUCAGUUUGGGAAUUCUAAUGAGCCUCCAAAGUUGGUUUUUACUGUUGGUAGUAAGCAGCUCAACCGGCAGUUGACCAUCUAUCAGGCCAUUCAAAGACAGCUUGUGUUGGAUGAGGACGAUGAUGAGAGAUAUGGCGGUAGUGAUUUCACAUCUACCGACGGAAGAGGAAUGUGGAGUGGUAUCUACACAAUAACUUAUCAGAGGGCAGACACCCAAGCUGACCGAACAUCAGUAGGGGGUUCAGGUUCUGCCCCAGCAUCUAAAUCCACUAAAUCGUGUUCUCCCAGUUCCAACUCUGAUUCCCAAACUCAUAGAAUGUCACUAUUAGAUGGCAUCUUGCAAGGGGAACUUCCUUGUGAUCUAGAAAGAUCUAAUCCUACUUACACUAUCUUGACACUUUUGUAUGUGUUAGAGGGGUUGAAUCAGCUGGCACCUCGUUUGAGAGCUCAGAUAGUUUCUGACGAUUUUGCUGAAGGAAAAAAUUUAAAUCUGGAUGAGUUGAGUACCCCUGGUUCUAGAGUUCCUUAUGAGGAAUUUAUUAAUGGUAAACUCACUCCAAAACUGGCUCGGCAAAUACAGGAUGCCCUUGCUCUUUGCAGUGGAAGUCUCCCUUCCUGGUGUUACCAGUUGACAAAGGCAUGCCCCUUUUUAUUUCCUUUUGAGACACGAAGGCAGUACUUCUAUUCAACUGCCUUUGGGUUGUCUCGUGCGUUAUAUCGUCUGCAGCAGCAGCAGGGUGCUGAUGGCCAUGGAUCAACUAACGAGAGAGAGGUGAGGGUUGGGAGACUACAGCGUCAAAAAGUUCGUGUCUCCCGGAACCACAUUUUGGAUUCUGCUGCGAAGGUAAUGGAAAUGUAUUCUAGCCAAAAAGCUGUGCUUGAAGUUGAAUAUUUUGGAGAAGUUGGCACUGGAUUGGGUCCAACGUUGGAGUUCUAUACACUACUAAGUCAUGAUUUGCAAAAGGUUGGACUUGGAAUGUGGAGGUCUAAUUCUACAUGGGAUAAGUCAAUAAUGGAAAUUGAUGGAGAUGAAGAGAAAAAUGAGAAAACUGCUGGUAGUGUUGGGGGAGAUAUAGUCCAAGCUCCUUUGGGGUUGUUCCCUCGACCUUGGCGACCAAAUGCUGAUGCUUCUGAAGGCAGCCAGUUUUUUAAAGUCAUCGAAUAUUUCCGGCUACUUGGACGUGUGAUGGCGAAAGCUCUUCAAGAUGGACGACUUUUAGACCUGCCACUAUCAACACCAUUUUACAAACUUGUGCUUGGUCAAGAGCUUGAUUUGUAUGAUAUUCUGUCUUUUGAUGGUGAGUUUGGGAAAAUUUUGCAAGAACUGCAUUUCCUUGUUUGUCGAAAGCAAUAUUUGGAAUCGACUGGUGGUGAAAGUAGUGCUGCUGUUGAUGAAUUGCGCUUCCGCGGUACCCCAAUAGAAGAUCUCUGUUUGGAUUUUACGCUUCCAGGCUAUCCAGAAUACAUACUGAAACCAGGGGAUGGCACUGUGGAUAUCAAUAACUUAGAGGAAUACAUAUCCUUUGUCGUUGAUGCAACUGUCAAGGCUGGAAUUAUUCGGCAAAUGGAGGCAUUUCGAGCUGGAUUUAAUCAGGUUUUUGAUGUUGCAUCAUUACAAAUAUUUACUCCCCAAGAGUUGGACUAUUUGCUAUGUGGUCGCAGAGAGUUGUGGGAGGCCGAGACACUUGCUGAUCAUAUAAAAUUCGAUCAUGGAUAUACUGCAAAGAGCCCUGCAGUUGUUAAUUUACUUGAAAUUAUGGGAGAAUUUACACCAGAGCAACAGCGGGCCUUCUGCCAAUUUGUUACUGGUGCGCCUAGACUUCCACCUGGUGGUCUGGCAGUGCUGAAUCCAAAGCUUACAAUUGUUAGAAAGCAUUCGUCGUCUGCAAUUGCUGCUACUUCCAAUGGAAGUGGACCCUCAGAAUCAGCAGAUGAUGACUUGCCCAGUGUCAUGACUUGUGCUAAUUACUUGAAGCUUCCUCCAUAUUCUUCCAAGGAAAUUAUGUAUAAGAAAUUGCUAUAUGCAAUCAACGAAGGGCAAGGAUCUUUUGAUUUAUCAUGAGUGAGUGUUCGCAACCAAAACAUACAAUUGUGUAGUAUAGUUCUGAACAACACAAUGUGGGGUCAACUUAUCUCACCUGCUGCGAUCAUUUUUGAUAUUUCCAAGUGGCGUAUUAAUUUUGCUCAAAUAAUGGUUUCUCUUCACUGAUGUUUACAUACAAUUAGUGGCAUUGGCAAAGCUUCGUUUCUACUUUAAUGGUGGAUCAUCCAAAAUUUGCGUCCAUAGGCCCUCCAAAUUCUGGAUGACUUACAAGCAGAAGCAGAAAAGAAAUUGGAAGGCGGAUUUUGUGGAGAAUUGAUUCAGGCAGGCGGCUGCUUAAAACUUUUGUAUAUAAAUAGGAAGUUUAUGUGUAUGUUAUCUUUUUUCUUUUGGUUUGACAAUUUAUUGGCUGGCAAGAUAUAAUAUAUUUACAUAUAUAUCGUUACAUGGGCGUAAAUUGUUGAAGGAAGUAAAUAAAUGAUGAAAUUUUAUUUUUAUUUUAUAUUGGCUUGGGAGGGAAGGAAAUCGAAAGAAAUAAAUGUCUAGAAGGCACUUCUUUUUUAAA